AUGGUAUACUUUGCAAUUGUGCAAAUCACGAGUCUCCGCCGCUGGAUCCUUCACCUCACCCAAGAUGAGCUCUCUAGCGCCGACGUGGAUAUGUUGGUCAAACAAGCCAUAGCCCCUCCGCUCAUGGGUGACCAAGAUGCACCCACAGAAAACCCUCAGGUGGAAAAAACCCAAGAUUUGGCUUCGCGCACGCGCCUGCUCGUCGCUCGGUUUUUAGCCAAGCGGCACGCUGCAAACGCUGUGGAUGAAGCCGCAAUCGCGCACGCUACUUCGUCCCUCAACAAUGAAGCUUCAAACGAUAAUGUGCCUAUUGGACUGGAUGGGCAGAGUGCGCAUUCUCGCAGAAGCAGCAGCAGUAGCAGCAGCACCAGCAGCACCAGCAGUAAUAGCAGCAACCAUGAUGAUUCCCAGCAUGACCAGGAAAGCAAUCACGGCAGCAGCGAUGACGAAGCACAUUCCCAUGGUGACCCACAGCGCGCCAGUACUUCUCCUAGCGAUGGGCAUUCCGAGGAAGAGAGCGAUAGCAGCGAUGACAGCGACAGCAGCGAUGACGCAAGCUCUCACGCACAGCCCGAAUCACAAGGUCAUAUUGAAAUGAGCAACGCCCCUGCCCAACAAGCAUUUCAAGCUGAAACUUUGGCCAGCCCUCGAGUAACCAUACCCCAGAACAAGAGUACAGUCCCGCGCACACUCUUUGAUUUUCAGCGUCGUGCUCAGCUCUUGAUGAUGCUCGCCAACGCUCGUCAGCUUCUCGGCGAUGCUUGUGACCCCGUGGCCCGAAGCAUGUGCCUGCAAGUGUUUCAAGAAGCGCACAACGUCGUAGCUGGUCUUCCCGCUUCAGAGAUGCAGGCUUUUCUUGCCGCCGACCCUGGUGCCCGUGCUCUUUUGCGCCUCUUUUGCAGCCAGCUUUUAGACCUGAGCACCCUUCAACUCAGCGGAAAUGAUACCUUUCGCCAACGUACUGUCGCCCUAGCUUUGGCAUCUGCUGGCAAGGAUUUGGAUACCGGCCUUGUGCUUGAGCUUGUGGCCCAUCUUCUUGAGCACGACUUUGACUUUAAUCUGGGCGAACACGCCAAUGUUUUAUCCCGUAUCACUGGCAUGCCGGCCCAAACGCAGACUUCACGCGAUUUUCUUGCCGACUUGUUGUAUGGCUUGAAAGCUUCGGCUGUGGCCAAAGUCGAGCGUGUCGCCACCGUCUUUGGCCAAUCACUUCCAUGCUCGCCAACAGACAUCGAUGCCCACAAACCCAUUGACCUUUGCUUGAGCAUGGACGGGUCCACUUUAUUUCUGAUUGACGAGGAUGGUCGCCUGUGGAGCGCAAGCGAAUCCAACGUACGUCCACCCUUUGCAUGUUUAUGCUAA